CUCUGAUUUGAAGUUUGGGUUGACAAUAGGGCAGCAGUGUGCUAGUUUAUGUGACAUUACUCUUAUAAAUGUGCAAUGUACAAAGCUAACAGUUGACAUGCAGUUAAUGUGUCAAAAUGCACGAACUCUUCACACAAGUCCUCUCGCACAAGGAUCUCUCAAAAGCUGGUGAUUUGUUUAAUGUAUCUGACCACUUGAUUGUCAACGAUCUCACUGAUGUUGUAAAUAAAAUUUUAGAAAUUGCCAGCUUGCCAGAGUAUACUCGAAAUGACAAUGACCAAAGUGUUGUUGAGAUAUGUAUCACUCGUGUUACAUCUGCCAUCAGGGAAACUGGGAGUAUUGAGCAGCAUGCAGAAGCUCUGGUGGCUCUCUUGCAGACUUGUCUCAACCACAACCUUCGACCAUCCACACGUGACCAUGACCCCCCACAUGCUAAGAUUGCUUCUGAUGUUGUCUCUUGUAUCUUCCUGAACUAUCACAAACGAGGAGUGAUGGCUCUGGCUCUUCCUGUAGCAGUGAAAUUUUUGCAUAAAGGGAAUCGUGAACUUAGCCGCAACAUGAGUUCCUACCUCUCUUUGGCAGCUAUUGAAGCAGCUGAUCUUCUGGCUUUACAUAUUCAGCCUAUUAUUGAUUCUGUGAUAUCAGGCAACUACUCACUGUCUCGUGUACUACCCCAGAUAUAUGCAGUUAAGAAGGAACCUAUACAUGACCAUGUGAUGACUUUGGUCUCUCUCCUGCCUCAGUGUGAUACAAAUGAAAAACUUGGACUCCUUAUGCUCUUCUCACUUGUUGCUAAAAACAGACCUGCACUUCUAGAACCAUCACUGCCACAGCUAGUCGAGUGUUUAAGCAUAAGCGGUACCUCUAUGGCCACCUUACAGAUAUUUGUGGAAUUGUGUGCUUGGCGACCUCACCCAUUCUCUGAACAUGUUACCAGACUAAAGAGUAUUAUAGAGCAGCAGCCUCAUUGUCUUGCCCUAGCCUUACAGGUGAUGGCUGCUGUAGGUAGAAUUAGCAAGGAGAAAGGCAAGAGUUCCUUGGACUACAUUGCUCAGCAACUUCCUAAGGUUGACUCCAAUAGCUUAGGUGUUGUUUUGCGUGAGGUGCAAGUGUUGUGUAGUCAGUACCCAGCUCUUCUAGUGGAGUCAGAGUCCCUACUGACUGCUGUUAAUAAGUGCACUGACCGCUCCAACACUUCUGCCCGAGUUUACAUUCAGCAACUUAAUAAUGAGUACAAUGAAAUAAGAAACACCAAUGUGAACCACACUCCAGGUGGGGUUACCAUUGUUCGUGUGGGAGGGGGUGGGGGCAGAACAGAUGCUGUAGUUGGUUCAAGUCGUACAGAUCUCAGCCUUGCUACACGUGACCUGAGUAUAUUCCAGCCUCACUCGUCAAGUGCUGCUGGUAUUGGAAAAUUUGGCCAUAAAUAUCAAAAGCACAGUGAUACAUCAAGAAGUACAGGACGGUUGGUCACAGCCUCCAAUAGAUCAAUGCCAAGGUUAAAUGCUUUGCCUCAAAGUACUGGUCGUCUUGGGUCAUCCUCAAUUCAGUUGAACAAAUCCAUGACACGUCUUAGUUCCUCUCAUGGUAUGCACAUGAAUCGCUCCAUCACUGUUCUGGCUCCUCCGUCACGUCACUUUUCGGGUCACCUUGGACCAAGUACAGGUCACUUGGGUCAUGGCUCAGUUGCUGGCCAUCACCUAAGUGGCUCUCAAGUUUGUGGCUCUCAGAUUGGAGUGUCACGAUUGGUAUCUAGUCCUCCUCCACCUCAUUGUGUUCCCCUCUCUGCUAUAUCACCACUUCCAGGCACAGUGAGUCCAACCAAGAGUAUGAGCUCUUCAUUAGCAACACUACGUGAGGGUGCUGGAGAACUGGGUGCAUCUUCGAGUAUUCUGGGAGGACCCCACCAGUCCCAAGCAACUCUCUUACCUCCAGAUCUGCCUCAUACUACUACAGUAACUUCUACAGGACAUCAUACUUUGUCACUACCACUUCAUUUGUCAUCUCGAGAACUUGCUCCCUCAUCAUUGCCAGUGACAGUGUCUGGUGUAGGGGGUGUUAUUGCUCAUCUCAGGCACUCCCAGUCACCACUCUCCUUGCCUCCCUCGACUGUUUCAUCCACCACCACUGUCACCACCACAACCACCCUUCAUUCAUCAUCUGGGAGUUGUAUUACCAGUGGUCAUGGUGUUGCAACAAGGUCCAAUACAACUCUGACACACAUCACUCAAGACCACCACACCACAACUACUAAUGCUUGCACUCAGAGAAUCAGUGUGUUUGAACCCUUUGCUAUGAGGGAUACAGUACAGCACUUUUGUGAGAAGCACUUGGACAAGAUUAAAGCCUACAUGCAGAAGAUCUUUGUCAAACUUCCUCUGCCUGUACGCUGUGGUAUUGAAGAGAGAAAAAAUAAAAAACAUGCAAAGCUGUACUUUGCAUGCCAGGGCAAAGGAGAACAUUGUCUUUAUAAUAAACAUCUAUUCACUAUGAAAACUAGAAAUCCAAGGAUCUGGAUUCAUCUCAUGUUCCUUGCUCUUCAGGCUCGGUCCUGCGUGGCCCUGAGUACUCGGGAGAUGCAGGUGAGCAGCCUUAAGAAUUGCUGGGACAUUCUUAAAUGUGAUACAAAGACAUUCGUCACUCUGGUCACUUCAGCCUUCCCUUCCGCAAAGGACAUGGAUAUGUUAAUGCAUGAGUUACGGAAUGCACGUUUUUUUGACGUUUUUGAAUACAAUGGAGUGGAACAACAGUGGGGCUGUUUUCUCUGCAACCAUCCAGAUCGUGCAAGAGGCUUUGUUGAUGAGGAUACACCUGUAAUUGAGGGGCAGCUAAAGGAAAAGAAAAGCAAGUGGAAAAUUUUUCGCAAGUGGCGCACAAGGUACUUUACUCUGUCAGGAGCACAUCUCUCUUACAGAGGAGCUGGCACAGUAAGUAAAAGAAUUGAAGAAGAGCAGAAUGUAAGUGUGGGGGAGGUACGGAAGAUGAAAGUAAGUAAGGUGGGAGCAGACCCCAUUCCCAAACUUUUUAAAUUUCACAAUAAUAAAUCUUCGGUAAUAAAACAAAAAGACUCCAGUAAUGCAGAAGAGUGGAUACGAUGCUUAUCAAUUGUGGUUGCACACUCUCAUGCUCGGGAGGAACAAAGUCAUGGACUGCUAAAAACGACCACAUCCAUUCCCCGCAGCUUUAUGUAUGGUUAUCACUCAUCUGAUAUGCGAACAGCUGUGUAAGCUAGAGUUUUAAGCAAAUAAUUUUCAUCAAGGUUUAAAGUUUUAUCAGAGGAGUAUUGAAACCACAAUACGUUUUUCAUUUAGUAUUGACCAAAAAAUGUUAUUUUUUUAUAAAUGAAUUGUUGAGUAAUACCAGAUUAAAUUUUAUAUAAAUGUUAAUAUUAGAAUUUGUUAUGAUAUAUAAUAUUUAUGCCCAAAAAUUAUUUUUGACAGAUGAAAUUAUUUGAUGUAAUUGUUCAAAGAUUAUAAUAAAUUGUUAGAUGGUUGAUUUGGUCUAAGGUAUGGCUGACACUUUCAUAAAGACAGUAAUUGGUAAGUUGUUAUUGAAGGUAUAAGGUAUGAUGUGUUUCAUCUCAUAGGCCUUAUAAACUGGAUGUAUGCACAUAAUAUUGCUUGGGUAACUUUCACUUGAUAAUUUGUUGCAUUGUGCUUGCUAGUUUCAGAAUUUUACAUUUUUUAACCCCUUAACUGUCCAAACGUAGAUCUACGUUAGUACCACUAGCACUCCAAACGUAGAUCAACAUUUUAUUUUUCCUGCCUCCAUGAGGCACGAUUGGCCCGAGAUGCCCGGUCAGUAUAGAAUGGUUCUUAACACUUGAUGUGCACAGUGGGAGCACCAGUUCAAUUGAAUGUUGGCUAGAGCAAAUAGCAUGGCAAACACCAGUGAUUCACUGAUGUCAUGUCGUAUUAACGCUCCCCUUUUAAGAGGAAAGUGAUGUUGAUCCAAAAUUUAGUGGCUUUGAGAUGCAUGUGGCCACAAGUGAUCGAGGAAAUAUCAAAAACCUCGAUAAUAACCCAUGCGCAACAUUUUUGCAACAUCCUUUCAUUUUUUAUACCACUGGUAGUGUCAGCCUGCCAGAAUGUCCUAUAACCUAUGCCCCUCUAAGUAAAGAGGAACGAUUCUGGAAUGUGUAAUACGUAUUUGUCAGCCUGGCUGACUCUCUCCAGCGUGUUUAAAACAUUGCUGGUACCUAUAAAUACUUUGUAUUUCUAGACAAUAGUAAAUGACCAAGGCAGGUGAAAAUGUUCACCUGUCAGUGUGUUUGUGACUAUUUGAGUACAAUUUCAGUAUCUUAGUGCCAGAACAAAGAUUGGCUAUGAAAUCAGAAGAACUAUUAUAAAUUGUAAUUUUAUUAUUAUUAUUAUCACACUGGCCGAUUCCCACCAAGGCAGGGUGGCCCGAAAAAGAAAAACUUUCACCAUCAUUCACUCCAUCACUGUCUUGCCAGAAGGGUGCUUUACACUACAGUUUUUAAACUGCAACAUUAACACCCCUCCUUCAGAGUGCAGGCACUGUACUUCCCAUCUCCAGGACUCAAGUCCAGCCUGCCGGUUUCCCUGAAUCCCUUCAUAAAUGUUACUUUGCUCACACUCCAACAGCACGUCAAGUAUUAAAAACCAUUUGUCUCCAUUCACUCCUAUCAAACACGCUCACGCAUGCCUGCUGGAAGUCCAAGCCCCUCGCACACAAAACCUCCUUUACCCCCUCCCUCCAACCCUUCCUAGGCCGACCCCUACCCCGCCUUCCUUCCACUACAGACUGAUACACUCUUGAAGUCAUUCUGUUUCGCUCCAUUCUCUCUACAUGUCCGAACCACCUCAACAACCCUUCCUCAGCCCUCUGAACAACAGUUUUGGUAAUCCCGCACCUCCUCCUAACUUCCAAACUACGAAUUCUCUGCAUUAUAUUCACACCACACAUUGCCCUCAGACACGACAUCUCCACUGCCUCCAGCCUUCUCCUCGCUGCAACAUUCAUCACCCACGCUUCACACCCAUAUAAGAGCGUUGGUAAAACUAUACUCUCAUACAUUCCCCUCUUUGCCUCCAAGGACAAAGUUCUUUGUCUCCACAGACUCCUAAGUGCACCACUCACUCUUUUUCCCUCAUCAAUUCUAUGAUUCACCUCAUCUUUCAUAGACCCAUCCGCUGACACGUCCACUCCCAAAUAUCUGAAUACGUUCACCUCCUCCAUACUCUCUCCCUCCAAUCUGAUAUUCAAUCUUUCAGAACAUAAAAAUUAUUGAAAAUAGUAUAAAAAUGAGAAAAAAAGGUAUAUCGGCAACACUUCUGCAAGCGGCAGGACUCCAUGUUGCUGUCAGGUGAGCAUCCAGCUCCAGCUUUGUGAGCUUAUAUCUUGGUAAGUACUGAUCUUAAAAAAAAAAAAAAAAAUUUUUUUCUUCAAAAUAUUCGGAGCACUGGGCGAGUGAACGUAGAUCUACGUUUGGACAGUUAAGGGGUUAAAAGAAUUUGUUCUGGCAACUGUUUUGUUCAAGUUCUAACCAAGAAACUUUUUUUUUUUCAACCUGUUAAAUUGUGCAGAAAUCUGUGUUUUUUCUGAUCUUAUUUAGCUAUUACCAAACUCUUUUCCGGUGUUUUUGAUGCACAGAACGCUUUUGUUAUGUGCAGGUUUUUGGGAAAUCUCCUGGCUUAUAUUCCUCUUUCCAUUAACUAAAUAAUGGUAGCUUCUAGUGGUACACUCUGUAAUCAUUUAUUUCUUAUUUUACACACUAAUGAACUUGAUGCAAGUAGAGUAUGUUCCAUCCAGUAUUGUAUACAUAUUUAAAAAUAUCAGAUUAAUACAUAUAUUUAUUGUCAUGUAGUCAAUGAUUUAUUUCUUUUGCAUAAAUAUCAUCUCAUUUUCCAAAUGACUUCAUUCUCGUGUAAUAUUUUUUUUUCUUCUUCUUUGAGAACUAACAGAAAAAUAGAAACCAUACUUAGUGUAUCACUAUACAAUUCCUUCUUCUUGGAGCUACCUUCCAAAGGGGUGGCAGCAAUAAAAAAAUCUCCAGUCAACCUUGUUGAAGCAUGGCCUCUUGUAGAAGUACUUCACUAUUCCCUUCCAUUUACUUAACCUCCUUUAUUUCACUGUUGUAAAGCAGGUCCUUGAAUGACGUUUCAUUUAAUGUUUUGUUAUAAUGUUGAUGAGAAAAAAGGUCAAAUGAAUACAACGAAUACAAAUUAUUGUAAAAUAAAAGUUCUUAAAGUAUACUAUCAAAUGCAUAACAAUAAAUGAUGCAGUAUGAAAGUGCUCAGCAAGCCUGCCGUAUUUGUUAUCGUUUUUGAGCUGUGUGGUGGUAGAAGGUUCUCUUUACAAUUUUCACUUUGCAGACUUUUAUUCCUUGAUUUAACCCUGUUGCAACGAGUGUUUGAGGUGCACUGUGCACCUUUGAUGUCUGUGGCCAAAAAAAGAAAAAAAAAACCCAGAGAAGUGUGACAUUAGAAAGAAAACUAGAAAUUUUAAAGAGAUUUGAAGAUGGACAGUGAGGUGUAGUAUAGUUAUGUCAUUUCUUUACAGUCAGUUUCCAAGAAGCUAUCAAUGACAUUAAGUGAAGACUUACCGUAUAUCUGUUGAAUCCUACCAUCAGUCAUCUCUGCCUGAUGUCCAAACCAUACUAGAUUGUUUUUCUACACAAGACCUCGCAUCUUAACCCAUUCUGCUCUCAACCCUCACAUUUGAACCUAUUCUCUUACCCCAAAUCUUGUAUCUUAACUCAUUCUAAAACCCCAAAACUUGCAUCUUAACCCAUUCUACAACCAAAAACUCCUACAUCUUAUCCUAUUCUACUACAGCAAAAACCUACAUCUUAUCCUACUCUACUUCCCCAAAUCACUCGUCUUAACCCAUUCUACUACCCAAAUCUCUUAUCUCAACCUAUUCUACAUUGUUUCUAAACCUAUUUUACUACCUAAUACUUUCAUUUUAACCCAUUCCACCACUCAGAAUAUCAAAAUCCUAUUUUUUUUUUUUUUUUUGCAAACCAUUUUGCUCCACCAACUAAAAUUCACUCGCCAUGUUUUGUACCUUUUCUCUAUUAUUGGUACUACAUCAACAAAAAAACCUGGUCAACAUAGACUAAGCUUUUCUAUCUCAUUAUAACUUGGUUCCCACCUUACUUGCUCUUGGUCUCUUUACAGUAAGAGCGCCAUCCAUGUAUAUUCAUAAGCCACAGAACACUGUAGACCCCUCAUCUUUCUCUUAACAUCUACUGUACAGUGGUCCCUCGAGUUACAACAUUAAUCCAUUCCACAGGAUGCAGGUGUAUGCACCCUGCUGUGUUGCUGGCCAUAUGGGAGGGCCCCGAUUAUAUAGCAGGUUAGGUUCCAGGCUACUGCCGUAAAGCAAAAAUCGCUGUAAAGUGAAUUUCCUUUUUUUUCACUUUUAAAUAAAUAUAAAGGCCUUGUGUAAUAACAGCAACAAUAUUAAUCUUUAUUUCUACAAGUACAUGAUAUAACUAUUACAGACCUAGCUGACAUCAUUGGAAUAUUACUAUAUUUAUAACAAUGCCCUGAUUAUGCAGAGCAUUUUGGGCAACUUAGGUUAAUCUUGGGAUUACCAAUAGAUUUCUGGUUGUCUCCAAGAAGGUGCUGGACAGGCACCUAAAGUCAGUACCUGACAAGCCAGGCUGUGGUUCCUAUGUCAGUUUGUGUGUGGCCAGCAGUAACAGCCUGGUUGAUCAGACCCUGAUCCACCACAAGGCCUGGUCUCAGACUGGGCUGUGGGGGCGUUGACCCCUGAAACCCUCUCCAGGUAUACUGUGCGACCCACAACAGUUGUACCAUUGUACACAUAUUGUAUCUCCACUUUUUAAUUGCCACGCAAAACAAACUACUUCUGUGAGGGCAAGUCGUAACUCCAGCCCAUCAUAACUCGAGGGACCACUGUAUAUACACGAGUACAACCCAAAAGUGUAUAACCCACAAUUUUUUUGGCCUCUUCUUUUUGCCCCCCCCCCCCCACCACCACCACAAAAAAAUAUUCAUAUAUAUCGUGUACAGAUUUAACCCGAUUAUAUUAUAAUUAUGGGGGAACACUAAACCCCUAGGAUUAUCCAGUGCAUGUGGGGGGGGAUGGAAGGUAUUCAGGCUCAGUUCAGGGAACUGGAGCACAGAUCCAAUUUCCUAGAUCAAGAGCCCCUCACCAGCAUCAAGGAACCUCCCUUGAUGGGAGAUUUACCAUGAAAAGGGGUCAAAAGGUUCCGAUGUGAAAUACAGUAGUACCUCGGUACUCGAACUUAAUUCAUUCCAGAAGGCUGUUAAUGCUGAAAAAAAAAUUCUAACCAACUUUCUUCUUUUGAUGCCCAUGGUGACAUAUUUAUACAGGUCCACAUCCCUUUAUCCAAAAUCUGAAAAUUGAAAAGUUCCAAAAAUCGAAGUUUUUUCGUGGAGUGUGGAGUCGGUCAUCUUAGCGCUGAGUAGUGGCGUUGAGAAUCAUUCUGAAAUUCAAAAAAUUCUGAAAUUCGAAACAAUACUGGCCCCAAGGGUUUCAGAUAAAGAGAUGUGGACCUGUACAAAUAUAAAAAAUGCAAAGAAAUGCAAAAUAGUUUACAGGGAAAUUCUGGCAGGUCUUGUUUGUUUGAUAGUGUGCUGAGCAAACUGUCAACUACCGAAUGACAUUUUUUUUUUUUUUUUUACUGAACAAAGCAUUCAAAUACCGAAUUGUUAGAGUUGUUAGAGCCAAAAUAUGGACAAAAAAAAAAGUACAGUAAAUCCUUGAUUUCAUAGACCUCGAUUUCAUGGUCAAAAUUCGCUUGGUUAGUUAAUGUAAAAACAGUGGACGAAGUCUGUUGGCUACACAGUUGUUUGUUGUGAUGAUCGCAGGGAAAACCAUCUCGUCUCUAUUCACCACAAUCACCAUUGUGAUUGUGGUGAAUAGAGACGAGAUGGUUUGUAUAGUAUAGAUUGGAAGAGAACUUAGGAUUUACUUUUACCUUCAGCACUUCCCCAUACCUUAAGAAGCUGAACAAUAUAUGUUUACAUUACACUAUACAGUUGAUUUACAUUUCAUAUUAAUAAACUGAAAAAUUAAAUAAAAUAUUGGUUAGUCUUGAUGGAACAGUGGUAAAUCUGGCAGCUUUGCAGUGAUUCUUUUUUGCAUUGUAAACAAACUAAGAGAAAAGUGUUUUCCACUGCAUUACAUGAAUUUGUUAUGCUUUUGGUUGUUUGUGGUAACUUACAUAUUUAGGAUAAUUCACUUGAGCCUAACAUAAAACAACCCAAGGAGGGAGGACCAGAGCUCUUUGUAAUUAGUGCUUGAUCAGGUAUCCCCAGAGCCUGAUUAGAGCUCUUUGGUAUCUGGUCAGUGCAAAUGAAACUGCUGAAUGUUUUCAAAUAUGUAUAUUUAAGGUGGAACAUGGAAUAUGGUUAUUUGUUCUAAAUCCGUGUUGGCGCCUCGCUUUCCUCAGACUGUUAGACCGAGGGAGCCCCACAAGGUUGUGUCCUUAGCACUACCCUUUUAUCUUCCAUCGUGUAUUUAGUCAACACUAUGUUGAUGACUUCGCUAUAACUUACGUAGGCACUGACUGUCGCCUGGUAGCGGCCUCCCUUCAGGAUGCACUUAACCCUUUGACUCUCGCGACCCCAAAUCCUAAAGUGUCUCCUGGUGUUGCAAAAUAUUUGAAAAAAAAAAAAAAUCUCAUGGAACGAUAGAGAAUCUUUUCCCGAUGAUAAUGACGCCAAAA